AGUAGAAUGUCGCACACAACAAAAUAGUAGGAUCAGAUAUUUGUCUCUACAAGUUAAAUGAUUAGACAUACUAAUGUCGUAUAUUUAUAAUCACAACCAUCAAUAUGAGCAAUCCAAUAGGACCGACAUCGAAUGAUGAAUUGUCAAAAGAUUCAGUAUCAAAUGAACUUGAAGUGGAUACUUCACUGACAGUACCUUCUUCAUCAGAUACCUUACCACAAACUUUAAAUCAAGAUGCUAUAAUUCAAAAAUUAAAAGCAAUACCAUUAGAUAAACUUAAAGAAGUAAUAACUAAUCAAAUUGAUUUAGAAAUAAGAUUAAAACAUAAAGAAUUGAAAUUGACAGAAAUGGAAGUUGGAAAAAUUGAAUCACAAAUGUUAAUACUAAGAAAGUUCUUUGAAGUACCGAAUGAUGUAAAAAUUGAUAAUGAACCAAAUGAAUUCACAUUAAAAUAUUUUGAUUUAUUAAAUAAAUCAUUAACAUUAACUUAUAAUGAUAUUACUAGACAAAAUCAACGUCAACAAAGUGCAGGCAGUUUGUUUAAUUCUGAUUAUCUUGAUGGUUAUGAUCAUUCAUCUAUAGAUUAUAAUCCAUAUUCAGUUAGUCAUUCUUAUAGAACAAGAUCAACUACUUCAUCUUUAAGACCUUUACAAUAUAAUCUUCCUUUACAACCCCAACCAUUAAGCAUUACACCUCAACAAUCAAUAUCACAAUCUUCAAAUACUCCAACAAUAACUCCAAAUGCUUCUCAACAAAAUCUUGCAGCCAUAAGGUAUAAUAAUCAAAAUUUAGGUUGUUUAUAUAGACGUACUGAUGGAGUUAUAGUUAAAUUAACUUGUCCAGAUUGUCAAAGAAGUAAUUUUUCAUCAGCACAAGGAUUUUUAAAUCAUAGUAGAAUUGCUCAUUCUAAAGAAUAUACAUCACAAGAUGCAGCUGCUUUAAAAUGUGGAUCUAUAAUUCCUGAAAUAAGACAAGAUCCUACUGGAGAACAUAGUAUUCAAAGAUUAAUAGAAAAGGGAAUUGAUCCAAAUCGAAAUUUAAAUGUAAAUGAAGUUCAAUUUAAUGGAAUUAAUAAUAAUGGAGUGAAUUCAAUAAUUCUGGAUGUUGGAGUAUUGAAUAAUUCUAAUGUUAGGAAUUCUAUAUCCAAUUCAAAUACUAGAAAUAGUAGUAUUGAAUCAACUAGUAAUUUAAUAAAAACAAGUUCUUCUGAAUCUCUUCUGACACCAACUCCUCAUUUUGAAACCAAAUACCUGGAUGGUGAACUUUUAAGAAAGAUUGUUAAAGAAGGGAAAAUGAAAAAGGAAGAAUAUGAAAAGUUAAUAGAUGAUACAAGAAAACCUCUUACAAAUGCCCAUUUAUUUGAUGAUGAAUUUGAAGAAGAUUCUGAGGCCAUUGAAUCGGGGAAUUCAUCAACCAAUCUUACAAAAGCUCUGUCUAUUGCCAAUGCUAGAUCAAAGAUUAAGCGUAGAAAAUCGAGAGGGGGUAUUAAUAUUACUAUAACUCGAGGAGAUAGUGGAUUAGAGAUUGAAGGAGAUGAUGAGGGAGAGGAUGAAGAAGAAGAAGAAGAGAGAGAGCAACAACAACAAGACCGAGAGGAGGAACAACCAGAAGUAAUAGUUAAGCAAGAAGAUGAAAAGAAACAUUCUACACCAACUGAAGAACCGGAUCCAAAGAGAAGAAAAAGUAAAUAGGUAAUCAUGUAUAUAGUACAGGGGAAAAUAUAUAAUACAUAAUAAAUAAAAAACAGCACUAAC